AUGAACUCGCUGAAUAUCCUGUCCUCGCGAGUCAUCGGCCAGUCUUCCACUUCCACACGCCCCCGAUCGCAAUCUCAGGGCGAGGACCGGUGCGCGACUCCUCCCGGUGACUUUGGGAAACUACGAUCCUACAGUGAAGAUAACUUUCGGUCGAGCAUCGUUGCGGAGAAGAGCUACGACGGCUCCAUCUCGUUUGCGGAAAAUGACGGAUACGAAGAUACGGCUCAAUCAUUUGACGAGAAGACGACUCUUUUGCAUGGCGUUCAAAAAGAUGGCGCGUUCGUAACCAAGAGCACCUGGAGGCUCAUCACCAAACGGAUCUUUGACGCGAUAACCGAGACCAUCCAGUUCAUUCUAUCAACGCUUGCUGCUCCCGGAUUAUAUGUGGCGCAAUGCUUCCAAAAUGAUGAUGGGCAUUAUUCGUUUCUUGCCCCAGUGAGGAAAAUCUGGAGAACGUCUGCCGAUAGAACGAUCCGGCCGGAUAAAGGGGCCUCUCGGGUAGAAGGUCGGCGACGCAGUGGCUCCACUCGAAAGCCCUUGAAGCAGCAGCGAUCUCGAGACUCCGUUCUAUCCACGACGUCUGAAUCGGAGACGGAUCUUCGAGCUAUCAAAGGGCUCACCAGCAGCAAAACUCGAUCGAUCAAGACCGAAGGCCAUGAUCCCGAACCAGAAAACGUGGAAAACACACCGCGCCGGUCGAUUCGAAUCAAACUUCACAACGAGGAAUCUCUUAAACGGCAGAGGCGGCGGACACAAAGUGCUGAUCUUGGGCAUCCGAUGCCUGAGGGCGUGACCCGAGUACAGGGCACGGUCAAUUUGGAUAGCCUAAAGUCUCCCACUUCCCCAUCUGUUCAUCGAAUUACGAAAUAUCCCCACUCACCCACUCCACCUCGUCCUCUUCUUCCCCCGCGCCUGCCCUCUUACACUGCCGCUCCGCGCAAUGCCAAACUCCCACAGAAGACUCUUGUGCUUGACCUUGAUGAGACACUGAUCCACUCUCUCGCCAAGGGUGGCCGGAUGUCCAGUGGUCAUAUGGUUGAAGUCAAGCUCUCGAUGCCUAUGACUACUGCUUUGACACCUGGUGGACCACAAACUACCUUGGGACCGCAGCAUCCGAUCUUGUACUAUGUUCACAAACGGCCGCAUUGUGACGAAUUUUUGCGCAAGAUUUCCAAGUGGUACAAACUUGUGAUUUUUACUGCUAGCGUGCAAGAGUACGCCGACCCUGUUAUCGACUGGCUCGAGCAGGAACGCAAAUACUUUCAAGGGCGCUAUUACCGCCAGCACUGCACUUUCCGCAAUGGUGCCUAUAUCAAGGAUCUCAGCUCUGUAGAACCGGAUCUGAGCAAGGUAAUGAUCUUGGAUAACAGCCCGAUGAGCUAUAUAUUCCAUGAGGACAACGCCAUUCCGAUUGAAGGCUGGAUCAACGAUCCCACGGAUAAUGGCCUACUUCAUCUGAUUCCGAUGCUGGAGGCGUUGCAGUAUGUCACCGAUGUUCGGGCACUGUUGGCGCUUCGUCGGGGCGAGAUCGAGGCAUAA